AUGUCGAAACGUAAAGUGCUGACUUUGGACGAACGCGUCCGUGUAUUGGAACUGUCAAAAAAUAAAAGUGCUCGAAAAAUAGCCGAUGAACUAGGUGUUGGGAAAACACAAAUACAAAACAUUCUGAAAAGAAAGGCGGAAGUAUUGGAGGAUGUGGAAAAUAACGUUUCUGGGCACCGAAAACGUCUGAGACACACAUCUGGAAAUGAGGACAUAAAUGACCUUGUGUUCAAAUGGUUUACAGAUGUAACCGCCAGAAGAAUGCCUGUGUCUGGUCCGCUUCUGCAGGCAUAA